UCUCCUUCCUUGGCGCCCAUUCUGGGGAUUGCAGAGGAAAUGGCAGUAAACCUCCAAAUUCCCAGGCUCUUUCAAAAGUCCCUCUCUCCAAAACCUUACCAAAUCAAUCACUUAUUACUCAAAUAUCUAUGCACCACACCCGAGUUUCCCCUCACUACUCAUGACACAUCCAACUCGCCUGAGUCUCCUGAUCUCCCAACUUGGCUCUCCAACAGCCAAAACCAAAAACCCUCUGACCCGGAUGAUGGAGAUUUUGUUAUCCCUUCGCUUGCCAACUGGGUCGAGAAUCCCAACCUUGAAACGCACAGAAACGUGCCCAGUCCCUUGCUAUUCGAACCACAAGUUAGCAAUGCCGAUAAAUUGAGUGAAAUCCUUAAAAAACGCUACUCAUCUGAAGCUGCUGUUGUGAAGGCGUUGAAUGAGAGCGGUAUUGAUGCCACAAAUGAGUUGGUUUCACAGAUUUUGAUGAGAUUUGACAGCCAUUGUGUCGUGGCUUUUGGGGUUUUCAUUUGGGCAAAAAAUCAAACAAGUUAUGUGCAUACACCUGAGUUAUAUGAUUACAUGAUUGAUAUAUUAGGGAAGUUCAAGAAGUUUAGUCUUAUGUGGAAUUUAGUUGAGGAAAUGAAAGGGUUAAAUGGGUACGUUUCAUUGGCGACAGCGAGCAAGGUAAUGAGGCGGCUCGCUAAAGCUCGAAAGUAUAAAGAUGCUAUCGAUGUAUUUAGAGGAAUUGAGAAAUAUGGUGUUAGCAAAGACAGAGAGGCAUUGAAUGUCCUAAUGGAUGCAUUGGUGAAGGAGGGCGAUGUUGAGGAUGCUCAUAGUGCGUUUUUAGAGUUUAAGGAUUGUAUAACUCUGGAUUCUAGUAGUUUCAAUAUCUUGAUACAUGGGUAUUGCAAAGCACGGAUGUUUGUUAUUGCAAGAAAGAUAAUGGAAGAAAUGGAGAAACACGGGUUUCACCCUGACGUUGUUUCAUACUCUUGUUUCAUAGCAGCAUAUUGUGAACAGAAGGAUUUUAGAAAUGUAGAAGCUGUUUUUGAUGAGAUGCAAGAAAAGGGUUGCAAGCCUAAUGUCAUUACAUAUACUACUGUUAUGCAUGCUUUAGGGAAAGCAAGGCAACUAAAUGAAGCUUUGGAGGUUUAUGAAAAAAUGAAAAGAAAUGGUUGUCUGCCAGAUUCUAAAUUUUAUAGCUCCUUAAUAUAUGUAUUAAGUCAGUCCGGAAGGAUAAAAGAUGCUUGGGAUGUAUUUGAGGACAUGGAAAAGCAAGGUGUUUGUCGGAAUUUGUGGGUAUAUAAUACCAUGAUUUCUUCUGCUUGUGCACAUUCUCAAGGAGGGAGUGCUUUAAAGUUGCUUGAAAGAAUGGAAGGGGAUUCUUGCAAGCCAGAUGUCAAGACUUACGCACCUUUAUUGAAGAUGUGUUGCAGGAGGAAAUCUGUUAAGCUGCUCAAGUUUCUUUUGAGUCACAUGUUCAAGAACAAUGUCAGUGUUGAUCUUGGUACAUAUACUCUUUUGGUGAAUGAAUUUUGUAGGAAUGGGAAACUUGAACAUGCUUGCUUCUACUUUCAAGAAGCUGUGUUGAAGGGAAUGGUUCCUAUGGUUAAGACAUUCAAGGCGCUGGUGGAGGAGCUUGAACAAAAGAAUAUGAAAGAAAUGAAGGAAAAGAUUGAGAAGUUGAUGUUUCAGGCGAGAGAGCGAAAUUUGACUUAGUCUUCACCUUUCGGGAAACUUGUUUAACUGUAAGGAUUCAUGAAUUCUUACUUGAGCCUUAAGGAAGCUUGCUUUCAUAUUCAGCA